AUGGCUUCUCUAGACCUCAAUCUGCUAUUUGCUGGAUGGCUCGAGGUCCAGGCGGCUGAGCUUACCAAAAAGGGCCUGAAGCUUGGAUUCGCUUAUAGCAAGGCACAUGACAAGGUGAAAAGUCAUCCAGAUCCUAUCGUAAACGGGAAACAGCUACGGCAGAUCAGUUGUGUGGGUCAGAAGACAUUUGAGUUUUUGUGUGGCAAGUUGAAGAAGCACUGCCAAGAGGAGGGUUUAGACUUUCCUGAAGGAUUCUCUUCUUACAUGGAGGAAAGAGAAGGCGGGAAAAGAGCACAUGAGAUCGAUGAUGAAACCACAAAGAAGAAACCCAAACGAAGAAGCCUGUGGGUGCCCAAACGACGCUCGGGCUCUUGGGCGAUUCUAAUAGCAUUGCAUAAGAACAACGGAUCCCAGAAAGGCCUACGAAAGGAAGACAUCAUCGCUAGUGCCUCAGAAUACUGUGAUUCCUCAUUCACCGCCAACCCUGCUGCUCGAGACUUCUAUUCUGCCUGGGACGGCAUCAAAACACUUUUAAACCGAGAAUUGGUCGAAUGUGUGGGUAGAGCCCCUAAACUCUACAUUUUGACUGAAUCUGGUGUCGCAAUGGCAAGGGUGAUCAUGCAGCAGGAAAAUAUCCACUCAUCCCCAGCCCCAACGGUGGAUUUGAGUUUUGAUAAUGGAGUCAGGGUCACGCCUGAUCUGACACAGCUCUUCGUGGAGCCUUCUUCCAGCCCGCUACGAAGAAAAGCCCACGACACUGCCAAAAAAGUGUUCGACGGCGUGCCCUACGAUAUAUGGAACCCAGAGGAUUUUGAGGUGGCUGUUCUCUUUGACACACGAGAGAUGCGUUCCCAGGGAGAAAGAGAUUUCUUUCAGAAACGUGUGGCUAACCACAAUAUAUCCUGUGACGUGAGAGCCCUUUCCGUUGGUGAUAUCUUGUGGAUCGCUCGAAAUAAGCACACUAAAAAGGAAGCCGUUCUCAACUACGUAUGUGAGCGUAAGAGGAUCGACGAUUUGGCCAUGUCCAUCAAGGACGGUCGUUUUGUCGAGCAGAAAAACCGUCUUCAAAAAUCAGCGCUCAAUAACGUCUACUACGUUGUGGAGGAAGGUGGCCUCUGCGAUAUGGACCGAAUCUUGGAAAUGAAAAAUGCCAUUCAAACCGCCAUCUCAAUGGUCAUCACGGUGUCUAAUUUAUAUUUCGAGCGUUUCAGAAAGUCCGACGAUAUUGUUGAUUGGGUCGUUGCAAUGACCAAUAUACUCAAAAACCGAUACGCCAAAACCCGCCUACUAGUGCUUAGACCGUUAUCUGUGGAGAACCAAGCUGAAUACUCCGAGAUUCUACAAGACUUCCGGAAAAACUUCGAAAACAGACCCACGAAAUACGAAUGUGUGCACACGUUUCCAACAUAUCAAGCCGUUCUUUCGAAAUCCGACAUGAUGACUGUUAAAGAAAUCCUACCACCUAAUACCAUGCAUCCUACACCUUUGGCUUUGGGCAAAGGCACGCUCAAAUACGGCGGCAAGUCGGGUAUAUUGCCCAAAUUGCGUCCCAUUUUCAAGAACCCCAUCAUGCCACCCCCAGACUACGUGAAGGAGAAAGAGGCUAAACUAGAACAGGGUUACGCCAAGGGCGUCACACCUCCCAAGGUGGACGGUCGUCGUGUUUCCCGCGUGCCUAAACCCAAGAAGAUCGUUCCUGUUGAGGAGCUUAUUCGCAAGAGAGUCGAGAGAGAACCCAAUGUGGACGUCAGUAAGCUAGAAGGCGACGCAUUAUGGGCUUACAAGAGAGACCAGAUCAGAAAAGAGCAUUUGCGUGAUGCCUACUUGACGGAAGCCAAGCGCUUAGAGAAGCUAGAACAGCUCAAGGCCAGGAAGCACGAGUUGGAGGAGCAGCACAAGGCUGAAGACAAGCAGCACGAGGACAGCGAGGCCACCAAGUUGACCUUGCCCACGAUCGACUCAUACCUCAAGGGCCCAAUCAUGAGACAGAGGACUCCUGAGGAAAAGGCAAUCAAGGAGGAGCAGAGAGCCUUGAACAGAAGAGUGGAAGAAUUGAAGGUUCAGGAGGCCCGUGCCACCGAGCUUUUGGAGUUGUACCACGCUGCUGGAAGCUUCAUCACCACCGAGGAGGAGUUGAGUGAGGCCAUCCGUGAGGCCUUCGAAGUGAAGGUUGGCCAGUUUGAGAGCAACGAGCACUUGGUCGAGGACAAGCUCUUUGGCUACAGCAAUGUUUACGCCAACACCAAGACCAACGAGCGUGCUGUCAAGGAUGCCGCCUUUGGCGAGAUCGACGGCCAGCCAGGUCUCCAGACAGUCAGAGACACCUUGAGUGGAGAGAACGAGAAGUUGCGUCGCGAUGCCCAGGCGGAGCUCAACAAGGAUGCAUGA